AUGGCCACCAUCGACUCCGGAUCGAGCUCCGGAUCGGGCUCGGGCUCGGGAUCGGGAUCAGGCUCGUCGGCCUUUGAGGUUGAUCCGGCAGUGGUGUACUCGGCAGAGGUGAUGGCGGCGUUUGGGGCCUUGUCUGAGGAGCAGCGGCUGCGGUCGCUGGCAGAGUACCGGCAUACCAAUAAUGUACUGAUGGAGAGGCUCGAACGCGCCCAUCAGCUGCUGGAGAUCGAGGCUGAGUUCAAGGCCGUCGCCCAUGAGGAGCUUAAUGCGCUCCACGCCGAGAAUCGCGGGCUGGAGGCCCAGCUGAGCGAGGCUAACACCAUGAUCGAGGCGCUGCAGGCCGAGCUCGAUGCCGCACUUGCGUCCAAGGCCGCCAUCACCAAGGAGAAGCUCCGGGUGUCGACCCAGCUGAGCGAAGCCAACCUGUCGAUGGCGGCGCUGGCAGAUGGCGGCGACGACGGCGGAGUCAGCGAUGCGGCCGAGGUAGUGAGCAGCGUGGGAAGCGCGUCACCAAAGGCAGAGGCAGCGGCUGGUGUGCUCAGUGCAGCAAGCAGCGGGCCGUCGAUGAUGGACAAGUACCUCAGCGCCAAGGAAGAGACGCUCGAGCUCAAGGCGCAGAUCAAGGCGCUGGGCGGCGAAGUGGAGGCGGCGCGGGCGGCGUGCGCGCGAGCGGAGAGCGAGCGCGAAACUGCGCUGGAGGACAACGCCUGGCUCCGGUUCAACGCGCACUGCAUUCCGUACCGCAAGCGAAUGCGCAGCCUGGGGCUCGAGGCGCAGGCGCUGUAUGCCCAGGCCAAGGCGCGGCAGCUGGCGCCCGAGGGCUGGGGCGAGUUUGUGUAUGGGCAUGUACAUGCCGGGCUUGAGUCUGGCAAGAUCCGCGACUCGGAGUCUGACGACGGGAGCAGCGGCGGCGGGCGGGCGCGGCGGGUUGACUCGCCGCUGUACGAAACAGUGAGCUCGGACGGGGCGGACGAGUCGGUGCCUGUGGGAGCGUCGGCAGGCGGAACGCCGAUCCGGUAUGGCGGGCGGGCGGAUCUGCUCGCUGGCGGCGGGAACAAUAGCUCGAUGGAGGGCCACAUUUCGAACGCGUGGGUCCCGGACAAGCUGGUGACGCGGUGUACGCACUGCACGGCCAAGUUCACGCUCUUCCGCCGCAAGCACCACUGCCGGCACUGCCUUCAGAUCUACUGCUCGGCGUGCUCAUCCAACUUUAUGACCAUCCCUGCGCUCAACUUUCUGGAGCCUGUGCGAGUCUGCGACGUGUGCGUCUUUCUUAUCACGCCGACGAUGCACGGCCUGCCGCCGGACGCCUGA